AUGGUGCCACCCGCCACCAGGGCGAAGACUCCCACAGCAUCCUCGGCCUCAAGCCCGUCUCUUCGAUCCAAGACACCUGUCAACAUCCCGAUGGCUCCGUCUUCUCUGAAUCCUGGCGGGAAUGUAAAGGUGGUCGUUCGAGUAAGAGGCUUCUUGCCUAGAGAGAUCGCGAAAGAUGCACAAUGCCUCAUUGAGAUGAACCCAGACACACAGUCAACGAAGCUGAUAGCACCUCCGACCUUGGACUCAAAGGCCAACACGAAGAGAGUGGUGGAAGACAAGACGUUCACAUUCGACAAUUCGUUUUGGUCCCAUGAUACAGCGGACGAGCAUUAUGCGACACAAGAGGAUGUCUACAAUUGCUUGGGUGAAGAAUUUCUUGAUCAUAACUUCGAAGGCUAUCAUACCUGUAUCUUCGCCUACGGUCAAACGGGUUCAGGCAAGAGUUAUACCAUGAUGGGUAAAGAUGAACAGCCCGGCUUGAUUCCACGAACCUGCGAGGAUCUAUUCGAGCGAAUUGAAAGCAAUGAAAGCGCAAACAUCAGUUACAGCGUCAGAGUGUCCUACUUUGAAGUCUACAACGAACACGUCCGUGAUCUCUUCCAGCCUCGAACAGAUCCUCCACAGUAUCUCAAGAUUCGGGAAUCGCCAACAGAAGGACCAUAUGUGAAGGACUUGACGGAAAUUCAAGUCAAGAAUUAUACCGAGAUUUUGAAGUACAUGCGUAUGGGCGACAAUUCCAGAACCACGGCCGCAACCAAGAUGAAUGACACAUCAUCCCGGUCUCACGCUGUCUUUACAAUCAUGUUGAAACAGAUCCACCAUGAUUAUCAUACUGAUGAGACGACCGAACGACUAGCGCGUAUCCGUCUCGUGGAUUUGGCCGGUUCAGAAAGAGCAAAAGCAACAGAGGCGACCGGACAACGACUCCGUGAAGGGGGAAACAUCAACAAGUCUUUGACCACCCUUGGACGAGUGAUUGCAGCUCUUGCAGAUCCGAAGCAUGGUCGGGCACAGGGCUCUACCCGAAAAACCCGCGAUGUUGUACCUUACCGAGACUCGAUCUUGACGUGGCUACUGAAGGAUUCACUUGGGGGCAAUUCCAAGACUGCCAUGAUUGCUUGCAUUGCACCUUCCGAUUACGACGAGACGCUCUCGACAUUGAGAUACGCCGAUCAAGCCAAACGCAUUCGGACUCAAGCUAUUGUCAAUCAAGAUCAUGUUUCUUCGGCGGAGAAGGACGCGCAAAUAACCGAAAUGCAAGAAACAAUCAGAUCACUGAGAUGGACACUCAAUCAACAGCAACAGAAUGGAAGUGUAUCAGUGAUGAAGGCCAUGCAGGAAAGCGCCGAGGCACAGUCUGAAAAGGUUCGAGAAUUCACAUCGAAGUAUGAAAACAUGUUGCAAAUCAUGGAAGAGAAAUUGGCCAUCUCCGAGUCCAAAAUCCGACAGAUGGAAGAGGAGAAAGAGGCGUUGAAUCUUCAUCUCAAACUCGUGCUCGAUGAAUUGAAGAACCCGAUCAUUCUCCAUGAGGAGACAGAAUCAGUGGCGGAUGACAAGGAGAGAUCGAGAGGGUCAACGCCCGACAUGAUCUACGAGGACGACACUGCAUCCAGCGAUGAGGCUGAUAUGGAAUCGGACUAUGAUGAUGAUGAAGCGAUCGAGAUGGCAGCAGAAAUGGAAACCCUGAUCUCGGACCUCGGCAUGUUCAAAAAGAAAAUUGCCGCCGACCACGAAAUGUUUGGUCUUGAGAUAUCGGUAUGA